AACCAAUUCUCCAAAUCACAUCUCCUGACAAAAUGGCACUUAUAUAUCUUCUCCUCCUCCCAAUCUUCAUCACCAUCCUCGUCGUCAUCACCGUUUCACGAUUUCUCACCACCUCGGCAGCUUCCAAACACCGCUCACUGCCGCUGCCUCCAGGCCCUAAGCCAUGGCCCAUCAUCGGAAACCUCCCUCACCUCGGCAAGCAAGCUCACAUCUCCCUCCAACACUUCUCCCAGCUGUACGGCCCUCUCAUCUCCCUCGGCUCCCAGCUCCUCGUCGUCGCCUCUUCCCCCGCGGCAGCCGCCGAAAUCUUGAGAACCCAUGACCGCCUGCUCUCCGCUAGAUACGUCUCCACAGGCCUGCCAUAUGACAUGAUGGAGCUCGACCGCAAGGCGAUCGUUUGGGCUUACAACUGCAGCAACGACCAGUGGAAGGCCUUCCGAGCAAUGUUCAGGAACCAGAUCUUCUCGGCGAAGGCCAUCCAAUCUCAGGCCGCCGCCAGGGAGAGGAAAGCUGCCGAGAUGGUGAGAUUUCUCGACGGCAAGUUGUGGGAGUCGGUUAGUAUUGGCCAAGUGGUUUUCGCUGCUAUAUUUGACUCGUUGUCGCGAGAUUGCAUAGGGUUCGAGAGUAGCGAGACAGCCAAUCGAUUGAAGUCACUGAUUUGGAGGAUGAUGGAAUUAGGGACUUCUCCUAAUAUCGCCGAAUUCUUUCCAAUUCCGAAGAAAUGGGAUCCCCAGGGGCUGAGACGUGAGAACACAGAAGAAUACAAACCCAAACAUCACCGCCGCCAACGACCAUCAAGCAUCACCGCCGUCCACCGAAUCCUCCUAUCAUCUUUUGGCCUUGCCGCAAACUUGUCCUCUACGUGUUGAUGCCAUUUCCCCUCUCUCCGAUCUCUUCUCCUCCCUGAGACCAUAAACCCAAAUUCAAACAUAAAACCCCAAAUGCAUCAAAAUCAAUAUUGAAAAUCGAAGCUUUCUUCUCCUUAAUCGAAAAGAGCGAUGAUGCUACUGAAACUCGAAGGUGGAAAUAAAACAGGAAAACGAAA